AUGUCUAGCGUUGCUGAUGUUAGAUUCGUGUACUUCUAUCAGAUACAUACAAUCAUGAUCUCUUGAAUGCUCUUGCAUUGAUAAUUGGGGAAGUGUUAAACUGAUGUGAUCUUUGUAGAUUCCACACUGCCUUCAGAUUCAAUGGUUUUCUUAAGCGUACCUGAAGCUCAUGGGAUGCAUAUCCUUGUGCCUAACUAAUCACUGUGUCAUGGCUAGAAGCUCAAACAUGUCUUCUAAGAGACAUUUUCAUUGGACAAACAAGGUUGGAACUGAAGAUGGCGAAGCUCACACUUCAGAAUCGUUUUCGACACUCAUUCAGAAGGAGGAUAAGAAAGAGGUUGACAACAAGGUUGUUGAUCCUGAGGUUUCAUCAGUUGCUACAGCCAGUGCCCAUGCAACAAGGAGGAAGAUGAGAGCAGUGGCGAUUUCAAGGCUUCGCUCAGCUCUCACCAUGUUCAGCAAGAACCGAUCGAACACGCCUUUCGGCCUUGGUUCUCGUGUAGUUGGAACACUCUUCGGAUACAGACGUGGGCAUGUACAUUUUGCAUUUCAAAAGGAUCCAACUUCCCAAGAAGCCUUUUUGAUUGAGCUUGCAACACCGAUCAGCGGCUUGGUUCGAGAAAUGGCAUCUGGGUCAGUAAGAAUUGCUCUGGAAUGUGACAAGGCGAAAGAAGCUGAGAAGAAAACCUUAAGGUUGCUUGAAGAGCCUCAGUGGAGGACAUAUUGCAAUGGCAAGAAAUGCGGAUUUGCUAACAGAAGAGAAUGUGGACAAAAGGAGUGGGAUAUUCUCAAAGCUGUGGAGCCAAUUUCAAUGGGUGCUGGUGUUAUACCAGGGACUGAUAAUGGAUCAGAACAAGAGGGUGAACUUAUGUACAUGAGGGCAAAGUUUGAGAGAAUUGUUGGGUCUAGAGACUCUGAAGCUUUCUAUAUGAUGAAUCCUGAUAGCAAUGGUGUUCCUGAGCUUAGUAUUUAUUUGCUUAGAGUCUAGCAGCCAUGCAAGUUCUGUUUACUGUACUCUAUGAAGCACGGACACUCCUUGGAUAAGGCGUGUCCCCGUGUCAGACACGUGUCGUGUCCGACACCGACACAUAAUUUACACUGCAUUUUGUGAUUUUCUAAAAAAAUUAGCUGUGUCGCCGUGUCGUGUCCGUAUCCGUGCUUCAUAGAUUGUACUUAGUUUUCCAUUUUAUCAUUUUGUUAUGUUGGAAUUUGGGAUUGUGGGAGGGGGGGUUAUUUAUUGGUAUACUACUUGCUUAUCUCUUGAAUCAUGAAAAUGGAGAUCUAGUUUUCUAGAUUUUUCUUCACUAUUUUCUUGUUCUUUUUACUGGAGGUAUAAGGGAGUUAAAGUUUGGAGUACUACUUGUAUCAGUGAUCUCAACUGUUGAUUAAGGAUGAUUGCUGUGACAGUAAAAAAUUCCACAGGCAAGGAAUUCGGUUAUGUAGGUUCACUGUUGUUUUUGAUAGAUUAGGCAAGUCAAGUCAGAAAGGGGGAACAUAGUGAUAGUGGGGGUGAAAAAUAGCAAUUUCAAGCAUGGUAGUGGUGAUGUGGGUAAUGAAAGGUGUACAUGUGUAAUUUUCCUAUUCCAAUCCUUUAUUUAAUGAUGAGGGACUGGUAUUAUUGCAAAUCAUGAUUGUCCACACAA